AUGAAUAACGAGGGAAACAAUUAUGAUGAAGAGGGGAGGUUCAAUCCUCUAAUGGAUGGGGGGGAACAACAAUAUCCACCCGCUCCUCCAUUAGGGAAUCUUCAUGGGAUAACGGCGGACCAAAUUAAACUUCGGAUGUUUCCUUUUUCCUUGAGGGACAAGGCUAGCAUUUGGUUGCAUUCUCUACCUAAUGAGUCCAUUCACAAUUGGAGGGAGUUGGCUCAAGCCUUCCUUAACAAAUAUUUCCCUCAUGGCAAGACUACAAAGUUGACUAAAGACAUACUUGAGUUUGUCCAAUUUGAAGGAGAAUCACUUCAUGAAGCAUGGGAGCGGUUCAAAGAUUUACAACGAAGUGUACCACAUCAUCGGCUCAAUAGAGAGCAUGUUAUACAAAUCUUCUAUGAUGGGACGAAUGUCACUACCCGAGCUACUAUCGAUGCGGCUUCGGGGGGGUCACUCAUGCAAAAGACCUAUGAGGAAGCCCUUGAAUUGGUGGAGAAAUUGGCCGUGGUUAGUAGUACUUGGGGUCCUAUGGAAAGAAGAGCGCCACCUACUCAAAAGUCACUCAUGACUCUUGAUCAAGUGAGGGAGAUGGAGUCCAUCAAAGCCGCAAAUGCUUCGCUUCAAGCUCAAGUGGAUGCUCUCAAGAAACAAGUCGCUCCGAUGCAAAGAAACGCUCCGGUGGCUUAUGUGCAAGUAGGUUGUGAAUUUUGUGGUGAUUUUGGCCAUUCGGGAGGAGAAUGCCUAGUUACGGGUCAAGCCUUGAGUGAGCAAGUCAACUACAUAGGGGGACAAAGCUUCCAAGGUGGAAAUAGACCUCCCCAACAACAAGGGAAUUACCAUCACAAUCAAGGUCAUGGCAACAAUGCGGGUGCUAGACCUCAACAUCCUCCCGGGUUUCAACCUCAAAGAAACAUGGAUGAAGGGAAUAUGCUUGCUAAGUUGAUGGAUGAGCUUAGAGAGAUGAAGCAACUUCAAAAGAAUCAAGCCGCCACUAAUCAAAUGCUUGAGACUCAAAUCUCUCAACUUGCUAUCAAUCUUCAAGUUCAAUAA